AUGUCCAUCGCUGCCCGCCUCGAUGAUGCCCAUGAAGUGGCGACCAAGCUCUCGUCCGAGCAUACCCCAUCCCCUGACUCCGAGUCAUCCUUGAUUUUCCCCACCAUCACAAACUUUAAUUCAUCAAACCCCUCUCAUUCAACAUGUACAUGCUUCUCGCUGGGGCACGUACCAAGUGUCAGAUUUGCACCACUUCCACCACCAGACCCUAACCGGAAGCGUUCGAAAUUGCCGCUCGGGGUGGCGGCCCGUUCGCGGAGAAGACGUCCCGCGCGUGAUGCUCGCCAAGGACGGUCUUCGUGGACCAGCGACCCUGCUGCAGACCCACUGCUUGAGGAUCCGCUUAUCACCUUGGGGAAGUUCGUGAAAAACACAACCAAAAGCCUAUGGCGGCGCGUGAGAGAGAGA